UCAACAUAUUCAUUCAAAAGAAAAAAACUCCUAAAUAUAUAAAGCUCACAUUCAUAUUUUAAUUUCUUCUAAUCUUAGUUGCAAAAUUUGCCUAAUAUGCCUGACUACUAUUCAGAUUCAGAUUCAAAUUCACAUUCAGAUUCGGGUAUUAUUAUAGUGGCUAUCUUGAUUGGAUUGGCUGUAGUUAGUGUAAAGGUAGGAAUAAUCUACUGCUGCUUCAAAAGAGCAGUAAGAGAAGCAAGAAAACUCAAUUUAAUUGGUAUACACCCAAAUUAUGUACAAGACCACAUGGCUUUCCAAGUGGAUGCUGCUACACUGGAAAGAUUUCUUAGUAAUAUCGCACGAGAAAAGCCCCUUCGCUUUUCUCCGCAUCAGCUGGCUGGUUUUACUCGCAAUUUUUCUAAGUUGUUAGGCUCUGGAGGCUUUGGGAUGGUGUACAAAGGAGAAUUUCCCAAUGGAGUACAAAUUGCAGUGAAAGUCUUAAACAACAAUUCAAGUAAAACAGCUUCAGAGCAAUUCAUGGCAGAAGUAGGCACCAUUGGCUUAACCUACCAUAGAAAUCUAGUCCGUCUCUAUGGCUUCUGUUCGCAUACCUCUAUGAGAGCUCUUAUUUACGAGUUUAUGGAGUUCGGAUCACUCGAUAAGCUUCUCUUCUAUGGUGGCCACAAUACAGUUUUUGAAUGGCACAAGUUAUAUGACAUUGCUAUAGGGACUGCUAAGGGUAUUGCCUAUUUACAUGAGGAAUGUCUCAAGAGGAUUAUUCACUAUGACAUUAAGCCGGCUAAUGUGCUUCUUGAUAUGAAUUUGAAUCCCAAGGUUGCCGAUUUUGGACUCGCGACAUUGUGUAAUCGUGAUGUCACACAUGUUGUGUUAUCGGGCUAUAAAGGGACGCCAGGUUAUGCAGCUCCCGAGAUGUGGAGUCCUUAUCCGGUUACGUAUAAGUGUGAUGUUUAUAGUUUCGGAAUGUUACUGUUUGAGAUUGUUGGGAGGAGAAAAAAUCAUGAUAUUAAAUAUAGUGGGCAAACCCAAGAGUGGCUUCCAAGAUGGACGUAUGAGAAGUUUAACAAAGAUGAGUUAUUGGAUUUUCUAUCUACCUGUAACGUUGAAGAAAUAAAUAGAGAAAAGGCUGAACGUAUGGUGAAAGUUGCCCUGUGGUGUGUACAAUACUUGCCUAAAGAUAGGCCAAUGAUGAGCCUUGUAGUAAAAAUGUUGGAAGGUGGGAUGGAAAUUGAUACACCUCCAAACCCUUUUGAACAUCUUCAAGACUUGCCCUUGGAAUGUGGAAGUAAAGAGCAUUCUCAAGGAUCAACAUCUAUUGAAAAUAGUUAUGAAUCUAUGCCUCCUCUUAUUGCUUUGAAUCAUUCUAUGGAACCAACAAAUCAUGAAUUGUGGGUGCCACUAGAGGAUCUUAAGGGAGCUAGCACCUUAUGAGUAGUGGCAUAUUUUCAUCUUACUUAAUGUUGUCGGGAAAAAUAAAUACCGAUAGUAAAUUAAGAAUAAAAGAUUGAAUUAUUUUAAAGUAAAUAGUUAUGCUGAUAGCAAAUGAAAAACAAAGGUUGUAUAAUUAAAAUGUAAUCCAAACAUGUAAUUAUUAAUCCCAACAGAUGAGUAAAAAAUUAAUAAUUAAUAUCAA